CAUCCUCCCGAUCCCAUCACUCCACCUGCCAUCACUUUUGACAUCCAUCCUUCCCCUCGCUGGCCAUCGACACUUCCUUUGUUGUCGUCGUUCCAUCGAUUGAGUCCUUCUUUCCGCCCCUGGGAGUCGAUCUCGCACUCUUGCUUCGCUGUCGUGCCUAGUCUUUCACCCACGCGACUGGGCCCUGCUUCACACUCUCGCUCUUUCGGACUACAAAGCAAUGUAUCACCACUUCAACGGCUUCACCAUUAGAAUCAGCAACCCUAACAGCAGUAUCUCCGCGGUCUUCUCUCUCGCUUUCCUUUCCCCCUGAGAUAUAUCCUAUUUCCUUUCCAAAUUCACAACAGUCGCUGUUCCGCCACGACCACUUUCAACAGCAGCACCGCCCCUACUGCUUAACUACCACGACCAGGGACAGGGGAACAAGCGAUUUGCAGCAGUACAUCUCAGCGUCUCGACCUUUUAUUAGGCAGCAAUUGAGCGGGAAAGGAUGUUUCUGGACUGGAUAGCCCAGCUGGGGCUGCUCGAACAUGAUCCAGUUUCCAAUGUCCUGGCGCGUUUCCCGCUGUCCGUCAAGAAGACGCUCAUCACUGAGGUGACCUCGACACUACUCGUCACCUCGGACCUGUCCCUCCUGUCUUCAAUGGCACACAUGAACUGGGCCAUGGAAGUCCUGGGUCAGGGAUUUGCUCUUCCGCUGGAGGAGCUAUCAAUUGCACAGGAAACGACCCAGUUGUAUUCUCAAUGGCUCUUUGAACCACAGAUGCGACCACUCGCCUUUCGACAGGCUGCCGGGACUGCAGAUGAACAGCUGUUAUAUCAGACGAUAUUCCAUCAUUACUCGCUUCUGUUCCAGAUCCGGUCCACAUCGCCACCUGCGCCUGGCAUCAACCACCUGCACCACCAUAGCCAUCAUAAUCACCAUCACCGCCAUCCUACGACACCACUCGCGAGUGCACAGUCAACCUCAUACAGCCACCAAGCAUCGCACUCGACGGCAGCACCACAGGUUCCCGUUGGAGUACUGAUACAACGGCACAUCGAGCUAUGCAAAAAAGUGCUCACUGUCCUGACGAUGGCAGGACGUCAACUGGGAAAUUUAUUCUCCGAAGGAACAUGGGAGGUGCUCCUCAAAGUGGUCUUGGGCAUCACGGACAGUCUGCUUCGAGAGCAGCCCAGUAAGUCAGCAACAUCGCCAGCAUCCUUGAUACCGGAGAAGUCUAAGAUGAGCGACGAUCUUUGUGAGCACCUGCUCAGAGUCCUGUUCGAGCUCUGGCUCCGGUCCAAUAUCCGGCAGGUCCACAUGUGGGAUAUCCUGAAGCAGUGCUUCAAUGGCUGGACAUACCGGAUACCAGUCUUGCAUCAAUGGGCAGCUACCUCCCUUGGACUUUGUCAACGGGUUGUCAGACUGCUUUACGGACCAGGACAAGGCACGGAUGUUGUCAACCUGGCUGUUGGUGGUUAUAAUAUCGGGCUAGAUCUGCAGGCGGAUUUCACUCUCUAUGCAUGGCACCGUGUUAUUUACCUGCUUAGGUGCCCCGCAAAGCUCACGCCAGCCAACUGUUUGGCAGCCGUCAAUGGGAUUGGCAGGAUGGUGGAGACAUUUCUCAUCGUCGGAAGUAGCAACAACCAGACGACUAUACCCGGAUCUCCACCCUUGCCCUCAACCCCGACCGAUAUCUUUUCAUCAUCCCCACUCUCAUAUUCGAACCACCCCAACUCCUCCAACGCCAAUCACAAGUCGACCAAUUCAUCCUCAUUUCCUAGCAAACCAACCUCGCCGGAUGGUAACACGAUCAUGCACAUGUUUGGUGCCUGGCUCUUUGAAGUGUCUGCACUCCCGACCCCAGAGCCGACUUCAGCCGCUUACUCGUCGCAUUGGCACACAUUCGACCCUUAUUACCCCACCGACAGCUAUCAUGAAGCCCAAGCCUCUGCGUUCGGAGUUCUGUGCAGAAUCUUCAGCAAACCGCAGCCCUCCGCUCGACCUUUUCUUCGUAUCUACACUGAGCGGUUCUACGAGGCUCUGUCGAUUGGUUUGCGCAGUGAGACCUCGUUACCGACCAUCCUGGCUCACUCUGCUGAACUAUUCACAAGUGAACUAGAGGGGGUGCGGAUGAUGGUGCCUGACUUUGUAAUCGGUAUUCGGAUGGCGAUGGGCGGCCAGAUUCGGGUAGCAAAUGGUUAUAUGAGUCAGGAGAAGCAGAAGCAAGUCUUUGAAGAUCUACAUUUAGCGGCGUUGAAGGUCGCGGGUUGCAUCAUGUGUCUGCCCAAUCACUUUGAGAAAGUCGAGUUGAAGGAAGGCUGGAACUUGGGGCUGUCAAAGUCAGCCAACAUGGCGUUAGAUGGCAAAGGUGGCCGAGAGGACAAGGAAAUUCUAGCUCAGCUGAUUCGAGUUCUGUAUACCACGGACACCCCGGCAGAGGGGUCGAUACCGGCUUCAGAGCGUUUUACGACGCUUAAAUACUACAUUUUGGAGAUGCUUUUGAACUGUCUAGAGACCGAGACCUCGUCGUUCAAUUUGCGGUACUUACUGCACCUCAUCGAGGUCUAUGUGCACGAGGAUGUUGCAUUCUGUCCAGGACUCGUCGGCGUGGUCGUGAAGACGAUCCAGGAGAAGAUUGUGACUAUUCAAGUUCCUGUGGAUGUGGCUCUGUGUGCCUUUGAUGUGCUUAUUGGAUGCGCUAAGUUGUACGAAUAUGUGCGACGGGACAGCAAGAGCUGCGCCCGCGAACUCGUAUUGGCACUAUGCAGAUAUGUGGACGCCCUUCUAGCGAACCACGCAGUCUUAACAUCAACACACCCGCUGGUUGUACGGGCAUACGAGUGCAUGCUGCACUGGAUUCUCGCCGGCCAAUGGAUCGUGGGCGACCAGGAUUGUCAUCUAGCCGUGAUCAGCUCCAUCAGCAGCGGACUUCACAUUGCUGAGAGGGUCGAAGAACAGGAAGCCUCGAUCGUGCCUCCGAAACCUCCACAGGAGAAGCGACGUUGGGGUGGUGGUGCAGCAGGCAACGCCAUGAUAUCGGCUGUCGGUGCACCCUUGUCGCUAGGCAAGCCAUCGAGCAACAGUGCCGUGAAACUAUUCCAGGUCAACAACAAGCAUCCCGGGCCGAUCAAGAUUUUGAAUCAAGAGUCGAGACGGGAUAAGGAAAAUCGCAAGAACCGAUCGGCGAGCUCUUCGAUUUCGGGACAUGUCAAAGCUUCACGUCUGGAUCUGACGGCGAUCCAGCAUGCGGCUGAAAUGGCUAUGAUCCAGUUUUCGAAUCAGCUCGCUAACUUCCCAAUCUGGACCGAUGAUAUCGGACCGAGCAGGAUGUCGACUUUGUGGAACGAUAUCAAAAUGAACAGGACAAGCCUUAUCAGUCCCAGGGGUCUUUUUGGGUUCGAACCCCUUGAACACCAGCAGCAGCGGCAGCAUCAUCCCCCUAACUCCCCGGUGGCCGAUAUCACGGGUCCUGCGCGGUACUUUCUGCUAGAUAGACGGAUUAUCCUGGGCUGUUGUGAGUUGUCGAGCAUACCUAGCUCGGAUAGCGACGCACAGAGUUUUGUGGAUGAACGUGGUCCUUUUGUCGUGGUGACUAUGAGGGAUUCUAGCGGCAAGAACUCUUGGAAGGUGCGCCCAAGUCAUUUUGAGAGAAAUUACGCCAAUGCGGAACCCAAAACGUUUGCUCAAAACGGUAAUCGAGUAGCGGUACAGGAGGCUGAUGAGCAUACAAACAACAGGACCGUGCCGGGUUUAGAGGAAGACGGAUAUGUAGCCGACCCAAUUGCUAGGCCUAGAGUCCUGACAGUCGAAGCUGCAGAUGAGAGCAGUAUCGGUCUCAGGCGAUAUGUGCGACCUGCGAAGUGCACAGCAGAAGAAAGUUCUUCAGAAUCCCCGCUUGCGGAUGAGAAGAGCAGUACACCACAGAUGCUUGCCUUUGAGCCAGGCGAGACUGAGUUCGAUCGACCCUCCCAGCAACUCGUGCAGGCGUCUGGAUCUAACGUGCUUCGGAUUUUGAUGGCACAGAUGGGAUAUCUUUCACUUGAAAGCAGAUCACGAAUCAUGCCCUUGCGUCUUUCAGAGCGUUUGCUGGCCGAGCUGCAGUUCCUAGAUGACCUCAAAGAGAGAGACUGCCUGGGGGUGAGCGUGUUCUUUGCCCAAUCAGGAGAUGUAGGCUACGACGAGCUGAUCCACGGCUCGCCAACUGGAAUCUCCAAAGAUUUUACCCGGUUCUUGGAUUGCCUUGGAUGGCCCAUCCAGGUCGAGACUCAUUCUGGAUAUCUUGGCCGCCUGAACAAAGAUCUAUGCCAUACCACUCCAUACUUUGCGGAUCGCAACAGCGAGGUCAUCUUCCACGUUCCUUAUCUGAUGCGACCCUCCAGCCCAGAUGUGACGCCGAUGCACGACCAUCGCCUCGUGGACCAAUUCCGUUCAGUGACCGUACAGGACUAUGUUGCGAUCGUCUGGGUCGAAGAGCGGGAGCGGAUGCUGAACUUGAUACCACUGAUUGACCAGAGCGCCAUGAUCUUCAUACUGAUUCAUCCGUUGGAGGCAGAUUCUGCAGGGGGACUGUUUUGGAUCAGGAUUGUGAUUCAUGCUGCACACACGACGGCGGGAUCGGUGCGAUUGGCGGCGAAUCCAUUGAUAAUUGGACCGUUGGCGGAUGGAAUGCUGGUAUCGAGACAUUCGCUUGGAAGUCUUGUGAGAAAUACAGCCAUCUCUGCGGACAAGGCGUGUCGAGUGAUGACGGAUUCGUACACGGAGCCAAGCGCUGUGCGGGCGAGGUAUAUCCAGGAGGUGUUGCAGAUGCACCAGCCGGACGAGCCAGAGAGUAUCUCGGAGUUCUACAGGACGAUGUUUGCGGCAUGAUCAGCUCAUACUAUUUCUUUUUAAUCCUUUGUCUUUUCUCUCUUUUCCUUUCCUUUUUGCCAAAAAGCAACCUGUACACCAUCACACCAGUUCCCCUUUCAAUGAUACUAUUCAGCCAUAUACCAAAUAGCAGCUACCCUAUAAUCAUAAUUGCGCACUUGGAUCAACUGCUCAGAAAUAAAGCGGAGCAGAGAAAAUAC